GAAGCAGAUCGUCAAACAAGUUGAUCAACUUCGAGCAGCAGCGGCAACGGCGAGCUGCGCUCUGAUUGGUCCGUGGCGGUGGGCGGAUUCACGCGCUGUGCAGAAGUUGCAGACUGUCGCGUCUGUUGAACCGGAUCCAGAACCAGGAGACCCGAUCCGAACCCGUCAUCCAGCAGAGAUGCCCUACAUGCUGAUCAGUACUCAGAUCAGACUGGAGACCGGUCCAACAAACGUGGGGGACGAGUCUUCAGAUCCAGUUAUCAUGAACUACUUGGGAGCAAGAAAAACCCACAUGCUGGGAAACAACUUCUCAGAGUACAGUGUGGACGAACCGCCUCGCCUGGUGCUGGACAAACUGGAGAAGAUCGGCUUCCGUGUGGUGUCCAUGACAGGUGUGGGACAAACACUGGUGUGGUGCCUCCACAAGGAGAUGGAGUGAUGGGGUCUGGACCCAGCUACACACCUGCACUGUGGAUCCAAACCCACCGAGCGUCACACGUUCUGACUUUGUAAGGAGACCGCCUGACUUUAAUCUGCUUCCUGCCUGACCUUUGACCCAGCGAAUCCCAAAAACAGAAAAGCAGCCAGACCUUAAAUUUGACAGCACAUCUGUCUGCAUGAAGAUCCAGAUCCUGAUCCAAGUGUGCAGUGUCUUAACCCUUGAUGGUGCGGUUCAGGGACUCACUCACUCACCAGUUUUAUGCACAUUAAUUUGUCCUCUUUGCAUCCUCACACUGCGAUGAACUAAAUGUAGAACCCGCUUCACUGACUGAACUCUAACCUGGUUAAUUGUGUCGUCAUAAUAGGUCCUGUAUGGGUCUGAGGUCCAGGGUCUCUGUGCUUAUCCCUGAAGUGUGAAGAGAAUCACAGUCUACAUCUCCAAGCAAGUCCGGUAGCCAUUUACAGCUGGGUGGACUGGGACCGCGCAGGCGAAACGACGUGUCCGAGGCGACAGACAGGUAGGGUGACUGAGAAUCGAACCCAGUGCUACAGGUUGGUCAUCCAGCUGAGCUACAAAUGCUGAAUCCUCUACAAGUUCACCGGAUUUUAAUGUUUGUGGUUUUCUGUGCUUUGAAGAUGGAGAUGCACAAAAUCUCAGCGUGUACCGUUUUUGAUUUUUGCUGGUUCGGAUGGAGAGCACCAACAUUAUACAUCGCCGCGUUUUGACUGACAGGCGCCAUAUUGUUUCCAACCCGAUUGGCUGCCUGUAUAUCGAUGCUCAAACCCCAUUCAGAACACUGGUUUUUCUUCACGCUGUUUGACAUCUUGCUGGAUCCUUCUUCACCGGUUAAGACUUGAGCACAAAUGAGUUGUACAUGGAUGGAAACGUGCUAAUGAUUCCCAGGGCCCAGGUUCGACUGUGUACAUGCCAACCAGUGGACUCCCCCCCCAUAAUGGUUCACAUGCCACACCAUGCGCUCAGGGCAGGGUUGGCGGUGAAUGUGUUUCCUGUAAUUGUAUUUCCUCUGUUGUCAUUUGGACACAGUUUGUGUGUUUCUGGGCUUUUUAUUCCCAUAAAUAAAACCAUGUGAGGUGGGAUUUUGCAGGAGGAGCAGAUGUCUCCCGCCGCACCACUUCCUCCUACAGCUGGACGCCUUGUACACAGACACGGCAAGGCUGGAUGUCACAAAGCUGCUGAUCAACAGCAUGGCUGCAGGAGAAAAUGCUGCCACCAUUACGCCAUUGUCCCCCCACCAGGACAGGAAGCUCAAAGUCUUACGAUGGACCCAUGUCCCUUAUUACAAAUCUUAGCGACACCACAACCGUCUGGCAGUAGACUCGGACCUAAUGUGGGUCACAGAAUCCUCGGUGUUGUUACGUAACGAUGUUGCGAAACAGUUUAGAAGUGGAAAAGCAGUGACGGCGCACAUACCUCGGCAACUGUUCCAACUGACAAAAGUCCGUUCCAAGUCUGGAUUUCACUGUACCAGAUCCAGAUCUGACGGCUUUCAUUAACAUCAAUGAUUUUUGAGGAACUGAUGCAUUAUGGGGAAAAAGCCCCAUGUGGUCGUGUUAAAAUAAAACAAAAGCUAGAAUCUACCUCUGACUUAUGGCGGCUUCUUCAACUUGAUUAAAAAUGAUAAUUCCAGCAAAUUUGGCAGAGUCCAACCCUACUGAGGAGCUCAGCAUGGAGACCGGGGUUUGAUUCUUGGUCACGUUACCAGUUUGUGUCCAGUGGGUUCCGGUCUUGGCUGGUGAUGGAACCUGUAAUGGAAUCGUUGACUGUGACUCACUUCCCCCGACAGAUUCCAGGGAUAAGCACCAGCAUCAAUGGACCACAGGGCUG